UCCUGUGUGUCGUAUGUUCGUUUCGCAGAAAAAAAAAGUUUAUAUAUACAUGUACAUUAGAUUUCUGUGAACAAGCUUGUAAAUUAUUUGCAUGUAAUUGAGAGUGCAGUGAGUGCAAGCAGAACAGAACGUCGAACAAGAAAAAAAUGUGUCAAUAAAUUAAUUAUUAUUUGAACGAAAGAAUAACAAAUAAGUAUUUGAGAGAAGAAGAAAAAAGAACACAAUCACUGCAACUCAAUCAUUAUAUAUUGGUCACCGUUUGUGUCGUGUUUGUGUGGACAUAUUUUUUUUUUCCAAAGUGAAUUUGAUAACAUGAGCUUCACUUCAAGACCUCCGUUCACGGGUGGCAUGUCGAACCAAAAUCAACAACAACAACAAGGGGGUCAACCAAAUAAUGCAAACAUUGGGGCCAGUGGUAUACCAAACAUGCCAAUGAUCAAUAACGCUGCAUCAAUUCCUGGCAACCAUUUGGCCAAUCCGAGCGGUUCAUCCGGAAUGUCAGUGAUCGAUCAAAAAAUCUUUCAACAGCAAUUAUUGUUGCAACGUCAACUUUUGAUGCAUCAACAACAACAGCAACAACCAUCCCAACAGAAUCAGCAAGCGAAAUUUCAGCAACCGCCUCAAUCCUUGAAUCGGAUAGUGAGCGACAUUUUGAAUGACAAAAAUGGUGGUAAUGUUGCUGCGCAGCAAACGCAAUUGCAACAUAUAGUGCAAUUACAGGCGCUGACGAAUAUGAUGCAAUUACAACAACAGGCAGCCAAAUCAUUCCAACAACAGCAGCAACAACAGCAACAGCAAUCGGUUCCAUUGCCAACAAAUACGACGAUCACACCUGUGGCACGAUCAAAUAUGCAGUCGAUGUCAAAGCAACCCGUCAAUUAUCCCCGAUCAAAUGCACAAAAUAAGAACUUAGCACAAAAUCCAUUGAGCUCGAGUCCAAUGCAAUCGCGUAAGAGUUUUCCGAAUGCACCAAAGUCGACUGUGCCUCCGAUGCAAUCUGGACUUGUUGCCACACCGCUGAAUAUAUCGAGCAGCUCGUCAAAAUCAACAUUACCGCAAAUGCCAUCGGCCAUGACAUCGGCGGGCAAUAAAGGCUAUGCCGAUCUCUUAGCAGCCAGUUUGAAUAAUUCACAGGCCAGUAUGAACAUCACACCAAGUUUGACUAUUACAAAAACCAAUUCGCCAUCGGGUUCGUAUGUGAAAAAUUCAAACCAAAUGCCCAAUAGGCCGGUAUCGUCGCCAUCAUCACAGAAAUCAUUUUUACCUGAAGCAAUAUCAAUGUCUCUUGGAAAUGUACCUUUAUCAGUGAAAACAUCACAUCCACCGUCCGUCACUGUUACACCAACUAACAAACCGACCGUUUCUCCGACCAGCAAACCGAUCCCAAAUACACCAUUGAAGCUAAAUUCACCACAAAACGUCCCUGGAUUACAGAAAUUGUCGCCAACAUCACCACGAACGAAACAAACACCGCGCAAAAAUACGAAUCCGAUUCGUACAACAUCAUUGUCUCCAGCAACGCAAACGUCUUCGCAAACAGCUGUGCCUCACAUUGAUGUCAAAUCAGCGAUGCCCCAACCAACAAUUCCGAUUAAUCCAUCGGUAUCGAUCAGCCCAUCAGCGGUGAAGGUCACAUCACCAAAUGCAAAUUCGACAAAACCAGCCGUAACUGCGGCGAAACCACCGACUUUGAAUGUGGUCCCGACAACACCACCAAAAGGAAACAUAUCAAUUUCAGUCGCUCCUGCAACGCACGCUCCGACAAAACCAGUUCAAUCAACGCCAGUAAGCAAUUCAACCAACGUGGAUGCUAAACAAAGUGUAUCAACACCAAAAACAAGCAACGUACAACCCGUGAAAAUUGAGGUGAAAGCAGAGAAAACAGAGAAAGUUGAUUCGAUCAAAGUGGAAAACAUUAAAACAGAGAAGACAAUUGAAACGGUAAAAACCGAAAAACCAUUGAGUACUUCAGUUAGCAGUGCAGGUUCAACAAAUCAACAACAAAAUAAAGCGAUCGAAUCAAAAAGCAAACAAAAUGCAUCACAAAACGAUUCACUGACGCAGAGUAGCACAAAUCAAAGUGAGACAACAAAAGAAACGGAUAAAAAGGAAGCGAUCAAAGCAAAGCCAUCGAUAAAAAUGACCAUUGAUAAAUCGACGAAAUCAUCACAACCAGCAACACCGGUGGCACUGACUCCAAUCGGAUCAAAAAUAAAGAGGAAUCGCUUUAAGACCAUUCCGUAUCAGAGUCCAACGCCCGAAAUUGAGUUGGUGAGCAAAAUCAGCGCAGCCGAGGCAAUUAACGCGCACAAAAAGAAGACAAAGACAAAAAACGGCGAGGAUAAAUUGACAUUAUUCUAUAAGAAUGAAUUUUUGGCUGUGCGAAAUACAGACGGUGGCUUUUUUCUCUGUCAGACAAUGUACAAUGUGUACAAAACAUCACCAAAAAUUCGUAUUCGUUGGUUGUCGGAGGGUGCAACUGAAAAGAAUAUUUAUUGCUUGGAUUAUAUGGAUACCACCGAUAUUGAGUGCGUAUUGACCAGCGUUUCGCUGAAUAAACUGGCAAAAGGAAAAUUCGAACUGACCAGUGCCGAACAUGAACGCAUUGAAAGCAUUUUGAAAAAGGCGCUUGAUGUUGAAAAUGGAAUUGUUGAACGACCAGACGUUACCGAAGAAAAUCCAGACGGAUUGGACCUGUCUUUGUACAAGGAUGAGUCGCAAAUCGAAAAGAAAACUUCUGUUAAGCGUAAGGCAAAUGAGAAAGCUGACGUUAAAACAACAACACCGAUUACAAACAAGCGAAAAAGUGAAAUUGCAAACAAGCCAAAAACGAAUUCUGCAAAGAAUUCGCUUGUGAAAAAGACCGACUCCGGCGAUGAAAGCCAAUCAACGCCUGGCAUCAAAAGAGUGGCAACAAAACGUAAAUUGGCCGACGAGACUAACGAUGAGCAAAACCAGGACGCUUCACUGAAAGAUGCCACUGAAUCCAAAGAUGUCGAGCCACCGGCAAAAAUGGCAAAAAUCGAUGGUGAAACACCAAGACAGUCCACCGGCGAAAAGACAUCAGAAUCUGUGGACAAUUUAGCUCAGUCAAGUCGCGCCACUAGACGAAACAAGAAUUAGGUUAAAAAUUUACGAAUUUUCUAUAGACAUCGGUAGAUACAAUGUCUAUUACGAAAAAAAAUCAUAGUUUCAUUUACUGGGAAGUCUGUUCUCCCUUCGAGACAUGAAUAAACAUACAGAGUAUCAAAAGAGACAUGAAUGCGAUAUCAAGCUCAAAACGAAAAACAAACAAAAUUAACGUUCGUGACAAUUCCUUAAAAUUAAACGGAUUUAAAAAUGAAAUUUGGAUAAUUGUUUUAAAUGUUCUGGUUUUUAUGGAAUAUUGUAAUACAAAAAAAAAAACAUAAAAUAAAUCAACAAAUUGUUUAGGAAAAAAAAAAUUAAAGAUAAAAAAUCGAGAGAAUUUAGACAUUUAAAAAUGAAUUAAUCAUGGAACAGAGCUCUAUAGAUUUAACAAAAAAAAAAAAAAAUACGAAGAAAACAAACUGGCGCAAACAAUUAUCUAAUUAUCUAAAUAGUGUUUGGAAUUUAACUUCAAGGAAACAAAAGAGAAAAAAAUCAACAAAAAAAAUGGAACAAAUUAAAUGACCUAUGCACACGUUUAUUGAGAAUUUACACAGUGAGUUUAAGCAGACAACAAUUUUCAUCACUUGCAUAAAAAAUAUAUAUAUAUAUGAAUAUAUUAGAGAGUUAGGCUAGGUUUUACUUAUAAAUAUAUAUAGGCAUGAAUAUAUUUGAUUUUUACCCAAGGCUCGAUUGACAAACCCACAAAACAAAAGCAGAAAACCAACACCAAUAUCAGAUAUAUCUCAUAGUGAUUAACAACAUAUUUUUCGAUGACAUAAAGCACACAUUGCAUGCCAGAGAGAUUGUAUCAAAUUUUAUUUUAUAAAAUUUGUCUGAAAAAAAUUGUUUACAAGAUUUGUCAGCGAAAACAGUAAGAGUCACAUGGUAAUCAUUUUUUAUUUUUUAAAUUAUUAUAAAUAGCAUUUGUUGACCAAAUUUCCAAUUAUCUUUUAGUUGAUUUUUGUUUUCGAUUGCUUGCUUGCGUGAUGCAAUUUGCAAGUGAAUUUUAUUUUUUUAUAAACAUAUCCUCCCACGAAGUUGAAAAAUGAAAAUGUUCGAUUUAAAUUUCAUGCAUUGUUCAGAGCGAAAAUAAUGCAAAAUCAUAUAAUUUACCGUCACAAUUGUGCAUUGGCAUGGUUUGAACUGUUAGUCGAUUCCAUGUACCGAGAGCACAGUCGAGUGACAGGAAUGCAAUGAAUUUCGUUUCGUGUAAAAUUUCGAAGGUUUUGUUCAAACAAAAAUUUCGUGCAUUUGAAUAAGCGGUUUCAAAAGAAAAACUUAUACAUAUUUUAUUUUGAUAGAUUAAAACUUUGGAUUUUGACAAAAAAAUAGAAAAAAAAAACAAAAAAAAAACAGAGAACGCAUGGAACAGACAUUUUAACUGAACUAUUUUACUUGUUUUACUUCUCGGAAAUUGUUUUUUUCUUCUCUAUGCUUUAUAAAUAAACAGUUCUAUUUGUUUUGAGUUUUA